AUGGCCGACGUACCUACGAUUCGUAUUGGCUAUGUGCCUGAGCACUACCUGACCCCCCUCCACCUCGCACUCCGAUCUCCAGUCUUAUCUUCCCUCCCAUUCAAGAUCGCGCUGACCCCAUUCCCAUCCGGAACGGGACAUAUGAUCACAUCGCUACGCGGCAAUGAGAUCGAUAUCGCCAUCGGCUUGACCGAGGGCUGGGUCGCUGGCUUAGCAGGCAAACAACAAUCAAGCCAGAGCUCCGGAGACGGCGGAUACAAGGUUGUCGGACAUUGGGUGGACAACCCAUUGCGAUGGGCGAUUGUCACAGGCCGCAAUCGCGCGGAAGUGAACGGAGUAUCCGACUUGAAGGAUGGAAGAGUUGGAGUCAGCCGGCUAGGAAGUGGCUCCCAUAUCAUGUCUUUCGUUCUUGCACAGCAGCAAGGCUGGAGAGCCGACUCUUUGAGCACUGUUCCUCUCGGACCCUUUGGGCCCCUUCGAGAUGGAGUCUCCGGUGUCGAUGAAUCAAAGCCCAACGAGACAAACCCGACAGCUGAAUUCUUCAUGUGGGAGGAAUUCACCACAAAGCCUUAUUUCCACGCUACUGCUGAGAAGCCCAACCCGCCACUCAAGAAGAUUGGCGAGAUCUUCACUCCCUGGCCUUCGUGGAUGGUGGUUGCUUCUACAAGGCUUUUCCCGGAUCCUGAAAAUGACCAGCGACUGAAGAGUCUCUUUGAAGCCUUUGACCAAGGUAUCAAGGAAUUCGAGGCUGAUACGGCGCAAGUUGUCAAACUUCUGGGAACAGGCGAGCUGGGCUGUACUUAUAUCGAGGAAGAUGCAAAGGAGUGGCUCAAGGAUGUUAAGUUCACUAACAGCACCCGUGGCGUUGAUAAUAAGGUAAUUGAGGGUGUUGUUGAUGUGCUUAAGGUUGCUGGUGUUAUUGAUUCUACUAUGAGCAACGAUGAGGCUGUUCAGCGGGUUAUUGGGAUUAAGAGGUAG